UGGUGUCAUUUGCCUAAUAAAAGCAAUAAAAUUAAUAAAAGUAAUAAAUUUGUUAGUUCUUAGCUUUUAACUGUAAAUUAGUCAAAAUGUUACAACCGUGAUUGAGUGUGGCGUGUUUUGUUUUAAUCUCUUGUUAACAUCGAGGGCUUAAAUACUAUGUUCGAAAGGCAAAACGGUGAAAAAUGCGAAAUGAUGUUCCUACACAAACUUGCGAUUCUCGUCGUCAGCGCUCUGCUGAUAUACGACUUCUAUAACAACUCCACGCCUGUAGAAAUACGCAUUCAGAACCCGCAAUUUGCUUUACUAGGCCCGUAUAAUACUACAGAACCAAUCCCGAUCGUAGAUGUUUACGAUCAACUUAUUGAUUUGAAAAACUUCACUUUCAAAGUUAAUCCCCAACCUUGUCAGAACUACGCCGCUGGGUUGCUACUGGUUAUAAUAAUAUCUUCAAAUCCGAGUAAUUAUGACAACAGGAUGGUUAUUCGAAAUACUUGGGGGCGUUCUGUAGAUUCAACCAAAGUUGUUUUUUUGAUGGGCGAAUCAGAAAAUGCGACUUUGUCUCAAAAGAUUCAGAAUGAAUCGGCCAUAUUUGGUGAUAUUGUGCAAGGUAGCUUUACGGAUGCUUACCGUAACAUGACUUACAAGCAUGUGAUGGGUUUGAAAUGGGUGUCGCAUCAUUGUCCAAUGGCGAAGUAUAUAUUAAAGACGGAUGAUGAUGUUGUGGUGAACUCUCAUGCGUUGAGGCAGUUUCUGGCUCGGGAGCUGUCACCGUGGGGAGCAAAGGGACUGAUUACUUGUCAGGUGUUGGAGCAUGCUUUGGUGCAAAGGUCACAUCGGUCUAAGUGGAGAGUGUCACCAGCCGAGUAUAAGCCACACUACUAUCCAACAUACUGUGCAGGAUGGGCCAUCCUCUACUCCCAAGAUGUGGUGCCUCGACUGUUAAAGACAGCCCAAUCUACCCCUUACUUCUGGAUAGACGAUGUCCACGUCACCGGCGUGGUGGCCCAGCAGAUAGGUGUGGCCCGUACACCGCUGGCCAGCCUGGUGCUGUCUAGGAACCGGGCCACGAUGCUGACAUCACUCGGAGCUGAUUAUGCUGGGAAGUUCUUGUUCGGGCCACCGGAUAUUAGUGUUAGUAAGAUCUCACAGAUCUGGAAGGCUAUUCCGGAAUAAGUUCAAGGGUUCAGCCACCAUUUCAACGGCCAUAUAGUACAGUCAGUUAUAGAAGUUAAGAGGAAAUGUUAGUGUUCAUUAUUCCAUACAAACAUUCUCGACAUUUUCCUCUCUGGAUUUUGGCCCUAGAUGAUUUUUUUUAUAUGAGAUCAAUAUUACCAUUACCUGUGUCUAUAUGUUUUGGUUUUUAUUUUUAAUAUAGUCGGCAAACGAGCAGACGAGCCGUAAAAUAUGUUUUCGAGCCAAGUUUUUUAUAAGAACUAGGUUAUUUCAAACAGCGCUAAAAACGGCCAAACAAAAGCGCCGUAAACAGACGCUUAGCAUACAAAAUCGGCAACAAUAAACGCAAAUAUCAAAACAAUCUGGGGGCCUACCGCGAAAAUCGAAGUUCGUCAAUUGCGGUCAUUUUUCUCUGUCACUCUAAUGACGUCUUAGAGAGAGUAAAAGAGAAAAAUCCCCGCAAUUGGCGAAUUUCGGUUUUCGCGGUAGGCCUCCAGACACAGAUAAUUUAUUUCUCAUUCCUUUAUGAUUGGUUAAGUUUUGGAGGAAAAUAUCGAGAACGAAACCUCGAUUUCUGAGAUUUUUACGCAGGAUUUUUCGCCUUAGCUGCAGUUGUCUUUAUCACACUAAUUCUAGGAAUCGCCCCCGACAGCGCGACGGAGAUAUUUAACUAAAGUUCUCAAUGUUGAGAAAGGGCUCAGCUGGUAUUACCUCUAAAAGGCGUUAUUCAUAAACAACUGUCAAGCCCUUGAUAAUCAUUCGUCUUUAUCUGUGUUAUCAACAUUUGUGUUUGUUAGAAAGGGACAAAAAUGCUUAAUUUUGUAAUAACGAGGUAUGUGGGCAAGAUGUACAAAAUGACCUGUAUCUGUACAGUACUCUUUAGGGUUCCAUACCCAAAGGGUAAAACGGGACCCUAUUACUAAGACUCCGCUGUCCGUCCGUCUGUCUGUCACCAGGCUGUAUCUCAUGAACCGUGAUAGCUAGACAGUUGAAAUUUUCACAGAUGAUGUGUUUCUGUUGCCGCUAUAACAACAAAUAUUAAAAAGUACGGAACCCUCGGUGGGCGAGUCCGACUCGCAGUUGUCCGAUUUUUUUUUCUUCAAUAAAGCUUUACUCAGUUCAUUUUGAACAGCUUGCCGGCUUAGUAACUUGUGCAGCUGACUGUGGUUUCUUGUGUAGAAUGUAUAACUAUAGCAAGAAGAAGAAAAUCAUAACUCUGGCAAACCAGUUUACUCAGUAGAAAAAGUUUAAAAUGUAGGCGCGAAGAGUCAAUCUUCAAUACAAAAUUUUGAAUUUUACACCUUUUUCUACUGACAAAUAUUGGUUUGCCAGACUAUAAAUUCACUAAAAAUGGCUGCAUCAAAUGCUGGUCCUUAAAAUAAAAUAAUAAUAAGUACAUAACAUCAGAAUAAUUGCUUGAAUGUUGCGUUUAAUAGUAAGUAGGGGAAAUUGUCAAUUACUGGCCACUCUUUAAUAACUGACCACUUUAUACUAAAAAUGAAUUGUAUUCACCUAUUAAAAUUAUCAUUUUUAGUAUAACACAAUUAUUAUUUUUUAUGGACACAUUAAAGUAAUUUUCAUUAGGAUUAAUUGUUUGUUGCUUGUUGCUUGGUGCAGUUGCGUAUGCUAAAAGGAACGUUGGAAGACCGAUGCUGCGCUUUAAAGACUGUGUUAAGCGAGACAUGUCAGCAUUUGAAAUCGACCACCAUGCCUGGGAAACUUUAGCUGAGGACCGUGAUGGAUGGCGCAAGCGUGUUGUGGAGGGGAGAAAGCUAUGCGACCAAGCCUGGCUUACUACGUUAGAUAGCAGAAGGUGUCGCAGAAAGCAAAUCGGGACUGGAACCUCAGGUGGCAUGAGCUUUCUCUGCCAAAAAUGUGGGAGGUCGUGCCGCUCACGCAUCGGCCUCCACAGUCACCAAACCCGUUGUCUAAACAGCAAUGCUUAAAUCGUGUGCAAUAGACGCAAAGGCCUGUGAUGAAUUGUUUUAUAUAAUACAAAACAGUAACGUUAAAACAUUUCUAAUUAUUGAAAAAACGAUAAAAAUAAACGAACAGUCACUUCUUCACACACACACUUUUUUUCACAUUUUAGCUACUCAAAACAGUGAAAUUUAUUGUCUUUUCGGAACAGUAAAAUUUACUGUUUUGUUCUAUAAGCUCAUAUGGAAUUGUUUGUUUAAAGCAUUAAACGUUAAUGCAAUUUCAAUUGUUUUGAAUGUUUUUUUUUUCUCAGUGAAGGUGUCUAAUAAUUGGCCACCUUUCAAUAACACGACAUAUUAUACUAAAAAGAAUUCUGUUUAUAGGCAAAUAGAAUUCAUUUUCAGUAUAAGGUGGUCAGUUACUGAAGUGGCCGGUAAUUGACGAUUUACCCUAAUUUUACUAUUUUAAAUGUCUUUUUGUAAUCAUUCCAAGUUAAGAAUAUAAACUCAUUUUUACGACUGGUUAAAACUUUCUUAACGUAGAUAGGUACAUAGAGUACAUAGUGUUUUUUUACAAGCUUUUAUUUACUUUCACCUGACCAUUGUCUGUUUGUAAUCAAAUCUUGCAAGUUAAAUUUGAUCCACUUCCCGGUUUCGGGUGUCAAUGCAAUAUUAUGGUACCAUCGAGCUGAUCAGAUGAUGGAGACAAGAGGUGGACAUAGGAACUCUGUGAUAAAACAACGCAACCUAAUUGUGUUUGGGGUUUUUAGAAUAAAAGCUUGUACCAAAAAUAUUUUUUUUGCCAAAAACUUAUUGCUGCAUUUAUUUGAGUGAUGAGCACAGAUAUUUGUUGCUGAGCCAUGGGUGUUGUCUAUGUAGAUAUUUAAUUUGUAUAUGAAUCAUUUAUGUUAUUGUCUGACCCACAACACAAGCCUUAUUUAGCUUACUGUGGGGCUUAGUCAAUUUGUGUAAGGAUGUCCUAUAUCUAUUCAUAUGUCGUAAUAUUAUUAAUUAAGAAUCAUUAUAUUCACUUAAAUUAAGGGCAAUAUUGAUCUUUGCAUAGCGAUCCUACAGAAAGGUGUAUUCCCAUUUGGCCGCGCCGCACAUGAUGGGAACGAAUCAUUCACAUCAGGGAUGUCACGAAUGUCCCAUUUUCACAUUGGCGAAUACGAAUGCGAAUCCAAAAGUCCAGGAUGCGAAUACGAAUACGAAUGUUAGGGAAUAUUUAGUGUAUCAUUCGGAUUUAUUAUAACACAGAAAACAUACAUGGCAUGAACAAAAAACUUAAAUUUCCUUAAAUACAGAUGCUUCUAUAUACGUAUCUCACGAACAACAUAACCUAUACCGGAUCAUUCCUACUUAGAAAAAAAUACAUAAAAUAUAUGUAACCUUAGAAUGGGAUGUUAUAAUGCGUUGAGAAAUGCUGCCUACUAGUCAAAAUGCAUUACUUGAAAACAGUUUGGACCCACUGUCCAUACGCGAGUUGACGAGACAGGACACAACUUGCGCACAUUCGCAUUCGCAAAAUAUUCGCUUCAUUUGAUGCGAAUGCGAAUGUUUAAAAUGAUGCGAAUAUUCGUGACAUCCCUAUUAUUAUUAUGUCUUUCCCAUCACGGAACAAUGGUGUUCCGGACCUUUGGGAGGCGUGCGCGGAGCCGAAGCCAACACGUAGAGGCCCUUUUGACACUUUAAUGAAAUGUAAGGGGUACACCUAGCGGAUGUUGCCCUUGCCCGUGUCAUGGGACGCACGCAGAGGCAGCACCCGCCAGGGUGUAAGGACUAUUUGGGAGUUGAUGGAAUCUAAAAUGAACUGGGCUAUUGGGUGAAAGCGAUGGACUAAAUACUGGGCUAUGGGAUAAAAAACCGGACGCCUGCCUAAUAAAACGGUAUUCAAUUUUAUUUCCGGCAGACGGUGACUCGCCCCCACAAGGUGGGCCCCCACAAAAAGCGACAUCUAGGAUGGCUCAAGGGCAACACCGGUGUGAGCGGCUCAGGGGUGUCGAGAGGUGUACGCCGCUUUCUACCCAGUGGCUGCGAGCAGCCACUGUGCCAACUCGCGUCUUAUGCAAUUUUUCACUUCCACCCCUGGAGCUUAUAGCUCUAACGACUCCACUCUGGCCGGCCGGCUAAUUAUUAUUAUUAUUAUUAUUUUAUUCCUAAUUCACAACUAUGCCCAUCGGAGACAAAUGUGGGAAUACACUUAUUCUAUUGCACCUGGCGGCCUACCGCGAAAACCGAAACUCGCAAAUUGCGGGGAUCUUUCUCUUUUACUCUUACUAAGACGUAAUUAGAGUGACAGAGAAAAAUGGCCGCAAUUGACGAACUUCGAUUUUCGCGGUUAUAGCCCAGUACCCCUAGUGUAACUAAAUUCGAUUUUGAAACGUGACGUACGCGUUUGCGUUUAGUCUCAUUUUGUAUUGGAUUUAGAAAGAGCGCGCCAAGCGGGACGUUUUGGAAACUCAAAAUCCUAUACAAAAUGAGACUUAACGCAAACGCGUUCGUCACGUUAUGAUGUCGAUAAAAUUUACACUAGGGGUACUGGGCCUAAAUUUGAUUCGAGAAAUUGAAUGGCUGUCAUAUUACUACCAUAUCGUACAGUCAGCUGCAAAAAUAUGUAUCAGGAGAAUCGUCUCAUAAAUAUGGUACCAGGCUCUUAUUACACUGGAAUAAGAUGCUAUGGGACAUAUUUUUGAGUAAGACGUGUAAGUACACCUAUAUUUUUACACUUGACUGUACAUGGCCGAAAUUUCAUAAAAAGUCGCUUUUUCUGCAAUCUUAAAAAAAAAUUGGAGAUACGAAAAAAAAAAAAAGAAAAGAAAAGGUUGAAAAGGUUGUCUGGAAGAGAUCGCUUUUUAGCGAUAAGACCGCCUGUUGUUUACCUCUUCUUUAUGUGUUGUAUUAUUUGUACUGUUUCUGUAUUGAGGUGUGCAAUAAAGUGUAUUUGUAUUGUAUUGUAUUGUAUCACCUCGAACUCUGAGCUGAGCCACCUAAGCUUACCUGAUUGCGGCGAAUAUUAUUAUUCGUAUAAUAAUUCUUCAUUGUUGUACACGCUGUAGAGAAACUCCGAUUGUACAUAUUUAUCCUUUAUUUAAAAAAAUCAUUAGCAACGACUUUUUCACCACAGCAGCUCGAACAAGCCUACUUUCGUCACUCCGGAGAGUGACAAAAGUGCGACUUUCCUCACUCCAGGGAGUGAGACAUGCUUUCGUCAUAAUGAUGAUGCCUUUCAUUCAUGAAUGUAAAUAAAUGUGGUUAACUUUA